AAUACUGAAAAGGAUAUGUUUAUCAUAUUAUUUAGAGCAAAGACAUCUCGGGUCAUAACAUAUGAGGAGUUCCAGAAAGCUCUAGAAGAACUGGCCCCAAAGAGAUUCAAAAUUCAAAGCAAAGAAGAGGCACUGCAGUCUAUAUAUACGCUAAUCGAGGGAAAAGAACCCACCAACGUUGGUGUAACGAAAGUGGCCAAAACUGGUGCCGUGGAUCGGUUAACCGACACAUCUAAAUAUACGGGCUCACACAAGGAGCGUUUUGAUGACAGUGGGAAAGGCAAAGGAAAAGGUGGGCGGGAGGAGAUUGUGGAGCACACAGGCUACGUAGGUGCCUACAAGGACGCUGGGACUUACGAGGAGAAGACGAAGGCCAAGUAAGGCCCCACUGUCUCCAUGUCAGCAAGCUCUGAGCUUCAUCUUCAUCAGCACUUAGGUCUGGACCAAAGCUAAACUUGAACUUUGACCUGUAAAAUCACACAGCCACUAUGCAGUGUAACACAGGAUGUGUUGUAAAUGUUUGUCUUUAAGUAUAAAGAAGUAUUACAGUCGGUUUUUGUUAGAAAGUUGACAGAAGGGUAAGAGAGGACUGGUCUCAGUCCUUUCAUGCAGAUACCAGCCCCUGCUGUAUGUAGGAUUUCAGGUGAAAAUCUCAAAGAGGAAGCAUAAAGACAGCUCUUUGGGUGGGGAAACAGAUAAUUAGUGUUUUUGUUCAGUUUUUAUGUUGCUGUUUAAUAGCUAGGCGCAUCUAAACAUCACAGUGCUUCAGAGAGGGACAAGCGGAACACAGGAAGCCCUUUAAGAGAUGUAUUUCCUCCAACAUGUGUAUAGAUGCACUAACGGAAUUGCUGUCAAUAAAAUCUAACAAUAUUCAUUGCUAAAACGUAAAUGUCUUUCUCCAAAGGAUAAUGGUAAACCAGCUUUAUGUGUGUAUUAGCCUUCUGUUAUUAUUUCCAAAAAUUAAUCGUCAUAUCUUUACGUUAGCUUACUGUGUAACUGAAACUGGAAACUGCCUUUGUAUAAACUAUUACU